CGCGUUUACGGAUGCAUUUAACCCGGUGUAAAGAAUUGCAAACGGAAAUUACAACCUAUGCCAACGAUUGUUGAAAGUUAAUUGGAACUAUAAUAGACUUUGUCCUCGCGCGCGCAUUUGAGAUCAAUCGUCCAGUUCAACGAUGCAAAACGGUCAAAGGCGCAAAUAGCGAAGUGCGAGGAUAUCCGAGUGCAACCUUCACGACACACAAACGGGUCAAAAGAAAUUGUUGACCAUGGAAGACUCGGAGAAACAAUGUUUACGUAUGGAGCCGAUUGACUCUCAAAAUCCUAAUAAGGCGAACAACGAAGUCAUGGCUUAUACAGAUUGUGUAAAUAAUACUGAUGGUGUAAAUAAUGUUGAAAAUAUGUUAUCUCAAAGCGAAAAUACGGAUUACGAUCCUCAUAUGCAUCGGAAUAGACCAAAUCCAACUUCAAAUUUUGAAACCCUGGUUCAUCUACUGAAAGGCAGCUUGGGCACGGGGAUUUUAGCAAUGCCGAAUGCAUUUUGCAACAGUGGUAUGGUGGUCGGCAUCAUUGCUACAAUUAUCAUAGGCGCAUUGUGCACGUACUGCUUACACGUACUCGUAAAGGCGCAGUACAAAUUGUGUAAACGGUUGAAAGUUCCUAUAUUAAGUUAUCCGCUUAGCAUGAAAUAUGCUCUGGAGAAAGGUCCUCGAUGUGUACGAUGGUUUUCACCCUACGCACCAGGACUCGUAGACGGGUUUAUGAUAACAUAUCAAUUGGGAAUUUGCUGCGUUUAUAUCGUAUUUGUAGCAUCAAAUAUCAAACAGGUGACAGAUCAGUAUUGGGCACCUUUGGAUAUUUCGACCCAUAUGCUCAUUUUGUUGCUUCCGCUGAUUUUGAUAAACUACAUUAGAAAUCUGAAGUUAUUGGCGCCGUUUUCCACGCUAGCAAACGUUAUUACUUUCGUUGGACUCACCAUGAUCCUUGUAAGGUAUAUGUUUCAAGAUCUACCGCCGAUCAGCGACAGGGAGAUGUUUGGUACAUUAAGAAAUUUUUCCCUCUAUUUUGGAACGACGUUAUUUGCAUUAGAAGCCGUCGGUGUGAUUAUAGCUCUGGAGAACAACAUGAAAACACCACAAAGUUUUGGAGGCUAUUGUGGUGUACUAAAUAUAGGGAUGACUGUGAUUGUCAUCUUAUACAUAGCUAUAGGUUUUUUUGGCUAUAUGAAGUACGGAUCCGAGGCUGCAGGAAGUGUCACUUUUAAUCUACCGCCAGAAGAAGCUAUAGCUCAAAGUAUUAAAAUAAUGUUUGCGAUCGCUAUAUUUAUAACAUACGCCCUGCAAGCCUACGUACCUGUCGAGAUUUUGUGGACCACUUAUUUGGAUCAUCGAAUACGAAACCGUAAAAUUUUAUGGGAAUACGUUUGUCGAACCUUUGUUACCCUAGUCACAUUCGUCCUGGCGAUCGCUAUACCGAGACUCGGCCUAUUUAUCUCCCUCUUCGGCGCACUCUGCUUAUCCGCCCUCGGCAUCGCUUUCCCGGCUAUUAUCGAGAUAUGCGUGUCGUGGCCGGACAAUGAUUUCGGUCCCUUCAAAAUCAUGUUAAUCAAGAACCUCCUCCUGAUCGUGUUCGGCCUGCUAGGUCUCGUGGUGGGAACCUACGUUAGCAUCGUAGACAUAGUAAACUCCUUCAAGUAAACGUAAUCAGACACGCGCAAAUAUUUCCCGAGGUAGAGAGAAGUACGAGACACAGCUUACAAACGAGCCAUGACGAUGUCGAUCUCGUCGAACAGCAAACUAGUUCUUAAGCUUGUCCCUUUCUCUUUUUCUGUCUAUCCGUCUUUCUUUCACCGCCAUGAAUUUACUUAGAUCUUAGGUAGGUAAUACAAGAAAUAGACGUGAUAGCUUGUCGAAGAGCAUUCGAAAUCUCGCGACAACAACCCUCGAUCGCAAAUAAUCGGGUGGUUCGAUCUGUGAUGAAAUCUCUCCUAAGCAUCGAUAAUGUAUCGGAAGACGUCAUCUCACGCGGGUCGUUGUUAAAGAUUUUUAUUACCCACUUUAGAGAAAUGCAUAUCUUUAUUCUUAUGCGUUCAACCGGACCGCGAGUACUGCAGAUACAACGUAUGCGUACGUAUGCCCGUACAUACAUCGUGUACACACUGUACGUAUACGAAUGGUCCACUCUAGUAUAUAUAUAAAUGUCACGUCUAAAGCGGGUUUUCUAAUACACGUUAAUACAUAUGAAUAUCAUGUAGGUAUUC